CAGAACAGAGCAUGCAGAGGGGCCUAGCUGCAACUGGAGACGUUGUCAGAGUCCCGCCCUAUACGUUUAUCACCUUGUCCAGGUAUGAAAGGAAAUCGUUAACUUGGAAUGCACACCUACUGCUAGCCUAUAUUGUUCCUGCAGGACAUUUAUAGAGGUCUGGGACUUCAUCAUUACAGAUCCACGGAGGAAGGUUGGAGGAAGGUUGAUACAUCAGUGCUCAGUGACUAUACUUAACUCUGCAACAACCGACAUUUAACAUGGCUGAGAACUUUGGAACUUACCAAACUCACCAAGUUCCCCCGAACGGCGCAGUUCAGCGAAGAAGAUACCAGAAGGGAACGACCUAUCUGGCCCUGAUCACACAAGUUCUCCAAGACUCUCCUGACAGGAUGCUCACAUUUAGUGAGAUGAUGCAGAAGAUCCAAGUAAUUGUAUCGGGAGAAAGAAAGGGACUUGAGAACAACAUCCGAGUCUGCUUAUCAACCAACAGCUGUUUUAUUAAGGUUCCAAUGCGGACAGAUAUGCCACUUGCCAAGAAAAACUACUGGAAAGUCGACGAAAGUCGAAUUACGGAGAAGAUGGUACGACGCCACUUCAAGGGCAUACUUGAACAAUCCCCCGUGUGGUCUUCCCCAGUGAAAAUUGAAAACAGACCAGUCAAACUCAGCGUUACGGACUCGCCGACCCCUGCAGCCCACCACGCUCAAAAGAAACACGAGAAGUUCAGUAGUUCUUUCUCCAUCGAAUCACUGCUGAGGAAAAACUGUCCUAGCAACCGUGGCCCCAGACACGCUUCACCGUCGGUUGUGUGCAGCGCAUCCGUCAGGGCAGAGCAGCUCCCGUGGCAAGAAGAGAGGGUAGUUGGAAUGAAAAGGAGGUUGAGUUGGGACUGCCCACCUGUUCAGACGCACCGUGUUCCCCGUGCUGAUGAUAGUUACUGCAUCUACACAACAGGAGGCGACAUAGGCCGUGAUUUCCAUGCUUACAGUGCGAGGCCCACAAAGAGGAUGUGUAUUGAGCCCAAUAUUAGAUCUAUGGCUGAGUACACUAAAACAUCCUUUGAUCCACAUUUCAUGAUUGGCACAUAUAGCCGUUAUGCACAAUAUCCUGCCUCUGAAUAUGAUUAUGAUCAACAUUUACGUUUGUGAAGAUCAUCAACUUUUUA